AGCACACGGAUUUUUAGCAUGUUUUUCUAAAACGGUACUAUUCAGUAUUCAGCCAAUUUUGCCGGGGUACACUAACACUGGUAUUGCCCUCUCUCUCUCUCUCUCUCUCUCUCAAUUUUCAAACUCAUCGCUACCAUCUCUGACUGCACCAAAAUCCGACCCGAAUUGUUAGCUGGAACCCGAAUAAUCUUCAGGGAAGAGAAAUGGGUACGCUUCGUGCUUCCAAUCCUUUCAUUAUUGUUCCAUUUCCAUUUCAUGCUUUUUCUUCUUCUUCUUCUUCUUAUUAUUCUACUCUUACUACUAGUAGAGAAAACCCAAAUCAGAAUCAGAAUCAGAAUCAGUUGUUGAAAUCAAUGAGAGAUCAGUGUAAAUGUGGAAGCUUUAGGAAUGUUGAUGAUGCCUUAGACAUGUUUGAUAAAAUGCUUCACAUGCGCCCUUUGCCUUACAUUGUUGACUUUAAUCGCAUUUUGGGUGCCAUUACAAGAAUGAAGCAUUACCCAUUAGUCAUUACUCUAUUUAAACAAAUGGGCUCAUCAGGAAUUGCUCCCAGUCUUCCUACUCUCAAUACUUUGAUUAAUUGCUUCGGCCAUUUGAACCGAGUAGAUUUUGGGUUCUCUGUGUUAGCAACAAUUUUGAAACUUGGUUAUCACCCAGACUCUAUUACUCUAACCUACUCUCAAGGGUCUCUGUCUUCAAGGUAACGUUGUUGGAGCUGUGAAGU